AUGACCCGACUUCUGCAUGCUUUUCAGCUUUUUGGACUUUUGCUCCUAAUAAGCACAGUUGUGGCUGAACAUACAUCCAACUGGGCCGUGCUGGUUUCAACUUCACGGUUCUGGUUUAAUUACCGCCACCUUGCCAAUGUCCUCUCUUUGUACCGAACCGUCAAGCGACUCGGCAUCCCCGACUCCCAGAUCAUCCUGAUGCUCCCCGAUGAUAUGGCCUGUAAUCCUCGAAAUGCGUUCCCCGGAACCGUGUACAGUAAUGCAGACCGCGCGGUGGACUUGUACGGUGACAACAUUGAAGUGGAUUACAGGGGCUACGAAGUCACUGUGGAGAACUUCAUCCGGCUCUUGACAGAUCGCCUGGAUGAAGACGUACCGCGCAGCAAGCGCCUGGGUUCCGAUGCUGGUAGCAAUGUAUUGGUAUAUAUGACUGGCCAUGGAGGAGACCAGUUCUUGAAAUUCCAGGACGCCGAGGAGAUCGGCGCGUGGGAUCUGGCCGAUGCUUUCGGACAAAUGUGGGAAAAGAAACGCUACCACGAGCUGCUCUUCAUGAUCGAUACCUGCCAGGCCAAUACCAUGUAUACCCAUUUUUAUUCGCCUAAUAUUGUCGCCACCGGCUCCAGCGAACUCGACCAAUCCUCCUAUUCCCACCAUGCUGACAACGAUGUUGGCGUUGCUGUGAUUGACCGUUGGACCUACUAUGUACUCGAAUUCCUUGAGACUCAGGUGACGAGUGCUAACUCCAAGUUGACCUUGGGAGAUUUGUUCGACUCCUACGACAUGUCGAAGAUCCACUCUCAACCCGGCGUGCGUUGGGACUUGUUUCCCGGUGGCGAGCCUGAAGGUCGCCUGCGUACUGUCGUCGAUUUCUUUGGCAAUGUGCAGAAUGUCGAGGUUGAGAAUGCCAACGCGACGGAGCCAGGAUCGCUGAAGGAAGAUCUUACCGAGAUCGCAAGACUGGUCGAGAAGUGGCGCAAGCGCGAUGAAGAGUAUUCUGCCGUAAUAGGCAAUUCUUCCCAGUUUCGGGGCGAAGACCCACACUCACAAACUGUCCACCUGGCUCCUAAAAAGACGGUUGGUCCUUCUCGAAUGGCGGAUGAUAGUAGCUGGGGCAAGCGGCUGGUUGGCUUGUCUGUCGUGGGCGCGUGUACCGCCAUCUGGGUUGCUGGGUCAAUCCUGGGCCGUUCAAAGAUCUAA